AUGCCUCCCACCGCGACGUCUACCAAGAAGACCCCUUCGCUAAAGAUGUUGAUGGCGAAGUUGAAAGACAUACAGUCAACAUUCAACGACAUCUGGCGCUAUGUGCAGGAGUUUCAAGUGGAUGCCACUGCGUCGCAAGUAGAAGUGCGCUUGGAGAAUAUUGAUGAGUUAUGGCAAACUUUUCGAAGUACAGUCACCGAAAUAAUAUCCCAUGAUGAUUUCGAAGAAGAAGACGAUGUUUACGAAAAGGAUAGAUUAGAGUUCAAUAAUCGUUAUUACCAGGCCAAAGCUUUUCUGAUGGAUGAACUCAAGAAAAGAAAGGAGCCGGCGCAGCAGGAUCAAUCCCUGAGGGGUGACUCAUCUGUACUUUCUACGGUCGACCAUGUUCGGUUACCCCAGAUUAAGCUGCAAUCUUUCAGUGGAGACAUAGAUGAAUGGUUAAGUUUUCGGGACCUUUUUACCUCACUUAUACAUUGGAAAGGAGACUUACCAGAGGUAGAGAAGUUUCACUAUUUAAAGGGAUGUCUCCAAGGUGAACCGAAGACUCUGAUUGAUCCACUACCCAUAACAAAAGACAAUUACUUGGUAGCUUGGGAGAUGUUGAUGAGUCGCUACAACAAUAGCAAGCAGCUGAAGAAACGUCAAGUACAAUCACUGUUUAUGUUGCCCACGCUCUCCAGAGAAUCGCUAUCUGAUCUUCAUAGUCUUCUGGAGGGUUUUGAGAGGACUGUCUCGACCUUAGAUCAGAUUGUGAAACCGAUGGAAUACAAGGAUCUUCUCCUAAUAAAUAUUUUAACAUCACGCCUUGAUCUGACUACGCGAAGAGCUUGGGAGGAGUUUUCAUCAUCGUUAGAGCAAGAUACGUUGAAAGAAUUGACCGAGUUUCUCCAUCGACGAAUAAGAGUUCUGGAAUCCUUGCCAUACAAGGGUACCCAUCAACAGUCUGUCCUACCAAAACCGAGAUUAUCGACAGUAAAGGCUAGUUUCGGUAGUUUUCAAGCAACUAAAGGGCGCUGUGUCGCAUGUUCGGCGGAUCACUUAUUAUACCAAUGCGGUGAAUUCCAAGCGAUGUCAGUUGCAGAUAGGGAUUCCUUAUUACUCAAACACGGUUUAUGCAGGAACUGCUUCCGACGGGGACACCAAGCUAAGGAAUGCAUCUCCAGUUUUUCUUGUCGGAAUUGUAGCGGGCGCCUUCAUACAUUGGUAUGUUUUAAACCGGAAGAGGAUGCUAGUCCAAGGGUAAUACCUGCAUCCACCGCAUCUACUUCCAAGGAUUCAAGGGAAAGUCCAACUCCGGUAUGCAGUAAGACAGUGAGCAAUCUCCAAGUAUCGGGUGCAGCUUUGCGUUAUACACCUCAAGUUCUUCUCGCCACUGCGGUGGUCAUUGUAGAGGAUGACUUUGGUAAUCGCUAUCCUGCACGUGCUCUCCUAGAUUCAGGGUCAGAAAGCAAUUUUAUUACCGAACGGUUGAGUCAGCAUCUGAAGGUAUAUCGAGAGAAAGUGGAUAUUGCUAUCGUUGGAAUUGGACAGGCAUCGUCAAGGGUCCAACAAAGAAUAAGGGCAGUGGUACGCUCACGUGUGGCGAGCUACGCACGAAGCAUGAAAUUUCUCGUACUUCCGAAGGUAACAGCUAAUUUGCCAACUAGAAACGUGAACACCGAUGGUUGGAAAUUUCCCGAAGGAAUAGAGCUAGCGGACCCUUCAUUCUGUGUCUCUCAGGAAGUAGAUAUGGUUCUUGGUAUUGAGUCGUUCUUUGAAUUCUUCGAAACCGGAAGAAAGAUUUCACUCGGAGGAGGUCAACCCAGUCAAUCUUUAUUCGCCAGAGGAGACUCAAUGUGA